CGUCAAUGCGCAGUUGAUUGUAAACAAAUCGUCCGCUCCGUCAACUCGCUUUCCGCUCUUCCUUCCAAACACUCAUUGCAAUCUUUACUUUUGGUGUUCAGGCACUCGAUGCCUUUGCCUUCUAAUAUGCAUAACGCGGGAUUCUACUUGCUGCAUCACAUGUAAUGUCGACCCGAGACACGACUAUCAAGUACGACUAGUAUCCAUCAUGAAUCGACAAGAAUUAGCGGAUCUCCUCGCCCAAACACACUACCCUUCGCGGCCGGGGAUGGCUUCGUCCGGCUUGUGUAACCCGUCUUCCGUGCUCUCUCCGAGACAGAAGUUCCAGGCGCAUGUCCGGACCUUGAGUGAUGACAGCAUUUCCAGCACUUCGCACCAGUUGUUGUCGCCUCAACGGUCUCCAGAUCUGCAGCACACUUCAAGCCUACGAGUACAACUUCGAGAUAGCCCCUCCCCGCAGUAUGCCACCAGACCCUCUGGCGUAUUCAGAUUUGGCGAUCUGCAGUCUGAGCCAGCUCUCAUUCGAGAGGAGCGGGAGGCAUGGAACAGAGCAUCUCCGAGUCGGGCACUCAGAGGCCGGCGUCAAGAUGCCUAUGUUCUACAGCCGCCGGAGGAAGAAAGUCCAGCAAAACAACCAAGCAAACGCGUCAGGCAGCUGAAAUCGUUUGCUCCUUCGGGAGCAAUUGCGGAUCACGAUGAGAGACCAAAGACGAGUCGAGGGCUUAAUUAUAAUGCGACCGAAGAACAGGACCAGCAACCACGAAACUCCAGGUUUGCUGAAGGAAGCAUGAACGGCAGAUCCGCUGGGGUCUCAUCUACAUGGCCGGAACAUAGUUCUAUCUCCAGCCUUUCCGGCGCCGAGUCUGACAACGAUACUACUCCGCGAGGCUCACCCCAACGCUCCUCCAUUGACUUGGGAGAAUUCGCCCCUCCAGCGGUAACCCCGGCCACUCUGCGACAACGUUUCUUCAAGAUCGGCAGCGCCUUCAAGUCCCACGAACAUACCAAGACUCAAGGAGAAAGAGAGCCACAUCCUGAAAAGGAAAAGAAAAAGAAGGGUCUCAGAAAAAGUAUUUCAUUGUGGAACAUACACGGUAUUGGAGGAAAGAAAAAGCAUGGUGGUUCCACCAGUGAUCUAGCUCCCCAGGCCACGCUCGAGGACACGACUCUGGAGGUCCUGAAUGAUCGGAAGAGGAGAGCGGAGGAAGCAUAUGUUGAGCAGUUCGGGCCAAAGCGACGAAAAUCUAAUAUUGGUCAAGAGCCCGAGGGCAACGAACAGGAGUUACGGAAAACACCAUCGGCUAAGGAAGCUCCGCAAGGUUCUCGACGGGGGAGCAAAACUCCAACAAGAACCCGACGUAUGCGCCGAUCCUCUUCGGUAGAGAUCCCGACGGAUUCGGAUCUGCUUGCCACACACAGCGACCUAGACCACCAUAAACGGCCAAGUCGAAGGGAGCUUGAGAAAGAGAACCAGCAGCUUCGUGCGAUGUUGCGACAACAACAGUAUGAAGCCACAUUGGACCCCAACCAUGCCAAGCUACAGUCGGAGCCGAAGCGUUCACAGCAGCAUGACGAGACCGGCACCGGAGGUCAACCGGAAGUCACGCCAGGAAAGCCGUCAGGCAAGAAACACAAUCCAAGCCGGCGACCACAGGACGUGCCGCCUGUACCGCCGGUCCCUCAGAUGCCAGAGCGUGUGGUGCUGAAGAAUUUGAGCAAUGCGAGGAAUCAACCCCAGGGGAAGAAUAACACUAAUAAUGAUAGCAAUUCGAACGCCAACUCGACAUCUAAUUCUAAUGUCUCAAAAGACGCCGAAACGCUGAAGGGAAUGGGAAUCAAUCUGCUGACCUCGGCACCGGCAAUGGGCCUUCCGCGUCCAGUUUCAAUCAUCCUAGAAGAAGACGAAGAGGGCGAGAAUAAGAGUCCUGCUCCUCAACGUGUGAGACGGCUCGAGCCCAGCGAUGUGGAGAAACGGAAAAUGCAAGAACAAUUCGCAUUGCAGGUCAAAGGGAUCAAGCGAGAGCAAUGGGAGUGGCCUGAAGAUGUGUUUUAAGUGCUAUGGGCAUCAGGAGAAACUACGAAGGUCACGAAUUUGGAUGAAAAAAGGAAAAGAUUCAUUAUUAAGCAUGGACAUUACGUCCGAUCCGAGUUAUCAUGCGGUUCCGUUUUACGCCCAUGGGCAGAUGUUCAACAGAUCGGUCUCAACGAGUCUUCACCAAAGGCGCGAUGGAUGCGAUGGAGGUUCUGGACAUCCGAGAUGGCUGUGCUAGAAGGGAGAAAGCGACCAAGUUUCUUCUACGGCUUCAAGCGACAUACGACGACGAUGGAUCAUGCUAUGAUUGCGCACCGUUAUUCUGAUCUGCUGCUUUGUUUUGCUUUUCUUCUCUUGUUGAUUUCAGCGUUUUCGAGCAGAAAAUUCGUGUUUUGGAGGGGAAGGGGCAGGUCGGAUGAGGAUCUUGCAUCUCGCUUGACCCCAUCCGCCCAGGUGUCUCUUGUUCAUGUUUUCGAGCGCACUUGUUUCCUUUUUGAGUUUUUGGGUUCUUCAUGCUUUUCUGCAUGAGCAUCAUUUUUUUUUUUUUUCGCUGGGCUUGGAAUGCAUUUUGAGACGGAGUGGAAAUGGCACACAGACAAUGCACAGCGCAGCACUGCAUAGCAACGCGAGAGGCCAAAAAGCGAGAAAAAAAGAGAGGAGAUACCAGUACGGAAAAGACCGAAGCAGAGGCUACUUAGUAGCACUUGGUACCCAGGGCUCCCACUGCAUGACGUUCUUACGAAGUAUGAGAUUAUUACAUGAAGCUGUUGGAGACUCAGCCUUUCUUUCUUGCACUUGAUCAAGUAUUCAAAGGAAAAAAGAAAGUCAAGUACUGCCACUGGCACUGGUCCUUUCGCUUUCAAGUUGAAUUAGAAUCUCAAAGGUACGGUGUACUGUACCUACGUACUAUACUGUGACAAGGCCUCGGCCUUGCUAUUAUCAUGCGAAGGAACCUCGAUCCCUAGUGUCGUCCCAUCGAUCUCAGAAGAAGUGUCAGCGAUUUUGUCCAAUGUGCAUCACAGAUGAUCCUCAUGAUUGAAAGUUGUAAUUCGAACAUGUCAGGGGAUGUCAUUCAUUCACUCAGUUGUUCGUUCAUUCAAAGGAGAGAUAGGAUAUAUAUCGGAGAAGGGAAGGGAAGGAGUAUAUAACUAAUAACUAUACCUCGACUAUACAAGUACAGUAUACUGCUCGUGUUCCUGGUAACCUGGUUACCACUGCAGCUGCUAGGUUCUGAGGCGGAGUGGUGAACAGAUCUUUCCUGCAGUGAAGGGAGAAAAAGAAAGAGAGAGGAGAGAGAGUGCCCAGCGCACUCUGAAGAACCUAAGGUAUAGCCUACAAUAAAGAACGAAAGCGUGAAUAUCCAGGAUCAUGGGCAACAUAUAUAUCGUGAGCAUCAUUUGCGUAUAUCUCAUCUCAUCUCCUGGGCCUGGGUCCAGAAACUGACUUUAGUGCUCCACAAGGCGGGAGUAGCAAUCUG